AUGGGGUUCUAUAACAAAAUGAGUUGGGUCUUGGCUUUUUUAGGGUUUAUGUUCUUGGGUGGGCUUUCCAACGCCAAUGGAGCUAUUCAUCAUUAUGAUUUUGUUCUAAAAGAAACGAAUUUUACAAGGCUUUGCAGCACAAAGAGCAUCUUAACUGUGAAUGGCAGUUUGCCGGGCCCGACGAUCACUGUUCAAAAAGGAGACACUGCUUUCGUCAAUGUCCACAACCAGGGAUUAUAUGGUCUCACAAUUCAUUGGCAUGGAGUGAAGCAACCAAGAAAUCCAUGGUCAGAUGGACCCGAGAACGUAACUCAGUGCCCUAUUCCAGCAGGAACAAAUUUUACAUACGAAGUUAUCUUCUCCAGUGAAGAAGGAACUUUAUGGUGGCAUGCUCACAGUGAUUGGACACGUGCCACCGUCUAUGGUGCCAUUGUUAUUCUACCAGCUCUCAACACGACCUAUCCAUUUGCAACACCAGAUGCACAAGAAACACUUAUUCUAGGCUCCUGGUUCAAGGGAGAUGUGAUGGAAUUAAUUGAAUACGCCCUUGCAUCAGGUGGCGAUCCAAACAUUUCAGAUGCCUUCGUAAUCAACGGCCAGCCCGGAGAUUUGUAUGAUUGUUCUAAUGAAACAACAUAUCGUUGGUUGGUUGAUUAUGGAAAGACCUAUCUUCUCCGAGUCAUCAAUGCCGUGAUGAACGAAGAACAAUUCUUUGCCAUCGCCAACCAUACCCUCACGGUGGUAGCUCAAGAUGCUGCCUACAUAAAACCUAUAACCACCUCUUACAUCAUGAUAACUCCAGGCCAAACCAUGGACAUUUUGGUCACUGCAAACCAACCUCCCAGCCACUAUUACAUUGCUUCUAAGGCUUAUGUUGAUGGGACCGUUGCAUUCAACAACAGCACCACCACUGCCAUUGUUCAAUACAACGGCAACUACAGCGCCCCGUCCACCACUCCCUUCCCGACUCUUCCCGAUUACGACAACGAAACAGCUGCUGACAACUUCACUAGCCAAAUAAGGGCAUUGGCAAGCAAAGAACACCCUAUUAGUGUCCCAUUAGAAAUCGAUUCAAAGAUCAUUAUCUCUAUUGCCAUAAAUGAAAGAAUUUGUCCCAACUCUUCUUGUAGUGGGCCAGAUGGAAAUGCGCUUUCUGCAAGCUUAAACAACAUCAGUUUCGAGCUCCCCUCUGUUGACAUACUGCAAGCAUACUAUCGGGGAAAUAAUAAUGGAGUUUAUAGUACUAGUUUCCCGAAUAAGCCACCUUAUACUUUCAACUUCACCGGAGAUGUUGGUAACAACACAAUAUACCCGAGCUUUGGGACGAGAGUGAGGAUGAUCAAAUAUGGUGAAGGAGUUGAGAUAGUCUUCCAAGGGACCAACAUCAUUGCACCUGAGAACCAUCCAAUGCAUCUCCAUGGUUACAGCUUCUAUGUGGUUGGAACUGGUUCUGGGAACUUCAACAGUACGACGUCGCCUAAGACCUACAAUUUGGUUGAUCCACCAGAAGUAAACACUAUUGGAGUUCCAAAGAAUGGAUGGGCAGCCAUCAGAUUUGUAGCUGACAAUCCUGGAGUAUGGUUUAUGCACUGUCAUUUGGAAAGGCAUUCCAGCUGGGGAAUGGACACUGUGCUCAUUGUGAGGAAUGGAAACACUACUGAAAGAAAGAUUCGCUCACCACCUGCUUAUAUGCCUCCUUGUUCCAAGUCUUAGAUUUAGAAAUUCACUUUCUUUUUCUUCCAUCG